AUGUCACCAGUCAAUGUUUCACCUUCAAAUACACCUAAUUAUUACCUACCACAUCACGCCGUGAUAAAAAACAGCAGUAUGACCACUAAAGUACGAGUUGUGUUUGAUGGAUCUGCGAAUACAACUACCGGUGUAUCGUUAAAUGACGUAUUAUUCACUGGACCUACCAUUCAAUCUGAUUUAUUCUCAUUAUUAAUACGUUUUAGAGAAUACCCUACCGUUAUAACAGGCGAUAUUGAAAAAAUGUACCGACAAUUUUUUAUUAGAAAGGAAGACCGAAAAUACCAACGCAUUUUGUGGAGGAACAGCAAUAAUGAAAUACAAACCUACGAGUUAGAUACUGUAACCUUUGGGAUUAGAACGUCUCCAUACCUGGCUAUUCGAUGUUUACAUCAAUUAGCCGACGAUGAAGGACAGCAGUUUCCUAUAGCAGCAAAAGUUUUAAAAGAAGAUUUUUAUGUAGACGACUUACUCUCAGGAGCUGAAGAUGUGGAAACGGCAAUAAAAAUUCGACAACAAGUCACACAAAUCUUAAGAAGGGCCGGACUCACAAUUCGUCAAUGGGCCUCAAACAACUCUGCUGUAUUAAAAGACAUACCUCAAGAAAAUAUCAACCCUCAUUUGCAGUUAGGUGACUCGACAUUAAAAACACUUGGCAUGUGUUGGGAAUCCAGAACUGACAAUAUAAUCUAUACAGUUAAACCUAUUGUAUAUUUAGAACAAACCAAAAUCACCAAGCGAAACAUUUUAUCUGAAAUUGCAAAAAUAUUUGAUCCUCUCGGUUUAUUAGCUCCAGUCAUUAUUUUAGCAAAAAUUCUUAUCCAAAAGUUGUGGGAUGCAAAACUAGAUUGGGAUGAAUCCUUACCUAUCCAACUCUAUACAGAAUGGAAAACCUAUUACACUCAACUGACUACAUUGAACCAGGUAUCAUUUCCAAGAACCAUUGUUAGAUCGAAUACAACACAACAACAAUUGCAUGGAUUCUGUGACGCCAGUGAAAAGGCAUACGGAGCCUGUAUCUACCUACGAGUGACUGACCCUCAAGGAAAGAUCCAGGUACUUCUAAUAUGUGCCAAGUCAAAGGUAGCCCCUUUAAAAACCAUUACCAUACCUCGACUUGAAUUAUGUGAAGCUCAACUGUUAUCAUCUUUAAUGAAAGCAACAACCACUGCAUCGAAAAUGACCUUUGACAAUAUACAUUAUUGGACCGAUUCUACCAUUGUUCUUAACUGGUUAAAUACCUCACCACAUCAGUUAAAAACAUUUGUAUCCAACCGAGUUUCAGACAUUCAAACAAAAACUGAUGUUAAAUCAUGGAGACAUGUUCCGACAAAAGACAAUCCAGCAGAUCUUGUAUCAAGAGGAGUUUUACCAGCUGACUUUACCUCAAUGAACAUCUGGAAACAUGGGCCAUCUUGGCUAAGAGAACCGACCGAAAAAUGGCCUACGUAUCAAUUACCAUUGUUAAAAGAAAUACCUGAGCAACGGAGAGCUACCUGUUUAGUAAUCACACCUCAUAAGUUUGUCGACCUUACCAGAUUUUCAAGUUAUAAUCGUAUGAUCCGUUCACUAGUUUAUUGUCUCAGAUUUGGCCAACGUUGUAAAGUAAACGGUCCUUUAACUAUAAAAAAAUUACGUGAUAUGGAGAUUCGGAUUAUAAAAGCUGUACAGCAACAAGCCUUCGCGAAAGAAAUAAAAGAAUUACAAGAAUCUGGAACUCUCACCCAUGAUACCGUAAAAAUAGUAAAAUUAACUCCAAAAUUGGAUGACCAACAAAUCAUGAGAGUAGGUGGACGGUUAUCUUCAUCAGACUUACCCUACAGCACAAAACAUCCCAUCAUUUUACCAAAAUUAAUCAUGUUACCAAUAUAA